AUGUUUGCCCGAGGAAGACUCGAUCAAUCUAGUAAACCCCGUCAGGCCUUUUCAGGACCCCAAAGCCUCCGACGUGGGAAACAUCCCGAUUCCGACUCUAUUUCACCAUACGAUAAUCCAGAAUCAUCUGAGUCCAUCCUUAGCGAUGAAAGAUCUAUAUACAAUGCGAUCAGAGUCACAACACCAAAUGAUUCUAGCCCUCGUUUUUAUGCAUCUCUCUCCCAUGAUUACCCUGUCCACGAGCAAGGCUUAGCGGCCAACCUGGCCAGAUUCGUCCCUACAGAUUCGCAGGAUGAUCAUACUCCUACCAAUGUGCCAACUAGGCGAGGAAGACGACAGAGAAUGGCCGGGAAGCUUGAGAACCACACCAAGCUGUUAUCUGACCAGUGUUGGCAGGCCACACACCGGCUGAGAUAUCCUUUGGCUAGACCGGCAGUGAUACCAGACUCCCAUCGGUCUUUGCAUCGCAAGGCUGUUUCACUCGAUGCAAAUGAUAGUCUUAUCAGCAAGCCUAGAUGGCCUGGGAGCUUGGGGCCUGCAAUAACAACCGUCCAGCCUCGAUAUCCACCACCAGAAAGAACGCCCACACCCCCUGGCCUUCCCUCCUUCGGCACCUCGGAGGCUAUGUCCUACUCUGCACGGUACAUGCUCCCAGACAACGGUGCACGAGCACCCGCAACCUUGCAAUGUGGUGGUCCUGCUAGCAAUCAGCGUGGCAGUUUGUAUGGCGAUACCCUAAGAAGAUUCUUUGGCUGGUCAUCUUCUACGUCUCAUACUGGUGGGAUAUCCGUGAACGGUAUAGGACGAGCCGAGGAUGGCACGCUAGUACAGGGUCGAUUCCCCCACCGACAAAGUGGCCAUGGAAUGAACAUUGGUCGACAGCUGCAAGAACACCCUUUCCAUCGACGCAAUCUUCCCAUUGCCCACCACGACGCCACAGAUACAAGCCAUGAUUCUUAUGUUGAAACUACACGCAUGAAGGGUGAUCUUGGGCCUCGCCCAAGCGGUUAUACGCAGCCUCUGGCCUUCCCGCCUGGACGACAUUCUCCCUUUCCACAGAACCCGGCUACUGCUGCCGUAAACCGCCAACCGCGGCCCAGAGCCACUGCAAUUCUCAGCUUGUCACACAAUAUGGGUAGAUCAGACAGCCGUGCAGGCUCAGUGGAACCUUCUGCCCAAGGGACUAGAGCAUCUGGAGACCAUAUCCCUCCAAAUCCAUCGAGGUUGCAUUCCGUUUUCACCAUGGCUGUCCGCGGCGGUGCGGAAGAAGGCCCUCACUCAAGCACGCCCGCCUGUCCAGACUUUUUGUCGUGGGUGAAAUCUCAGAGUUGUCUCUGCUGCUGCUCGGGUAGCCAAGACGAGCCGGAUGAUUCCCUCGGGGCAACCAGCUCGCGGGAAACAUAUGUAACCGCCCAGAGCCAGGUAUCGCCCAGUGCAUCUCAGAAUGAGAACAGUGAGGGAAACACUCGUCUUCAUGGCCUCCAAGAAUGGCUCUCAUCUCUGUAUGGUGUCAUGUUUCCCACCCUUGUGAAUCCUACCGCUGUAUAA